ACUGCAGUGGGUUUUAGGGUUUUUGCACAUUUUCUCUCUCUAAAUCUCUCUCUAGAAAUCGCCAUGACUGCUCAAACCCAAGAAGAGCUGCUCGCCGCUCAUCUCGAACAGCAAAAAAUCAACCCCGAUGAGCCAGUGGUUGAAGAAGAGGACGAUGAUGAUGAUGAGGAUGACGAAGAUGACAAGGAUGAAGAUGAUGUUGAAGGAGAACAGGGAGGAGAUGCUAGUGGUAGGUCAAAGCAGAGCCGUAGUGAAAAGAAGAGCCGCAAGGCAAUGUUGAAGCUUGGAAUGAAACCCAUUCCAGGUGUCAGCCGUGUUACGGUGAAGAAAAGCAAAAAUAUCUUGUUUGUCAUAUCAAAACCAGAUGUCUUCAAAAGCCCAACAUCAGAUACAUAUGUCAUUUUUGGCGAGGCAAAGAUUGAAGACUUGAGCUCACAGCUGCAGACACAGGCUGCAGAGCAGUUCAAGGCUCCUGAUCUCAGUAAUGUAAUAGCUAAGCCCGAGGCAUCAUCCAUGGCGCAGGAUGAUGAAGAUGUGGAUGAGACAGGGGUGGAGCCCAAGGACAUUGAGUUGGUCAUGACGCAGGCUGGAGUCUCUAGAUCAAAGGCUGUUAAGGCGCUUAAGGCUGCUCAUGGGGAUAUUGUUUCUGCAAUUAUGGAGCUAACCAACUAAGUCUGGCUUUCUUGAAUGCUUAUUUUACAUGACGGUUAAGCAGUUCUUUAUGGUUUUCCAGAGGGAAUGUGUGCUUGAAGUUUCUUGUCUAUUUCAGUUAUUUUCUGUUACUUCUAUUCUGUUGUAUUAGUAACAAGCUGAGGAAUGCAUCUUUAUCGACCGUAGGAGCAAUACUGCUGUUUUACCCAUCUUUUUCCUACUUGUCUGUUUUCACAUUUUAUGCCAGACCAUUAUUGAAAUAUAAAAGAGCAGAUAUUGCCGAUUCACC